AUGACAGCGGAAGCCUGCAUGUUUUUAGUGAAUAUUCUUAACUGUAUUAUGAGUCUAUAUAAAACAGAAAUAACAAUUACUAAUAAGAAACUUAAGAGCUCUCCGGAUACCCACGAGGAAGAAUUUUCAGAGGACCCGGAAAAUAUCGAAAAUAGCCAGAAUGGAGAUAUAGCGGGAACUUUCGAGAUCCACUCCGUUCGAGACGAGAUUUACGAUAAAUCUGACGAAGAAGAUUUCGCAACAAAACGCCGAAAAAUCCUAGAAAAAAAAGCGUUUUCAGAAAAAUACGCACAAGACAACAGGCACGAGUUUCACCUAUCACCAGAAGAACUGCUGCAUUUUCUUGGGAUCCUAAUUUUGUCUGGAUAUCAUAGCUUACCCCAAACAGAUAUGUAUUGGUCUUUAGAUGAGGACAAAACUGUGCAUAUUGUCAGAGACUGCAUGAAUAGGAAUAAGUUCAGAUCGAUAAAACGAAAUCUACACUUGAGUGAUAAUAAUAAUCUGGAUAAAGGAUACAAGUACACAAAACUCCGCCCUUUUUUUGAUGAAAAAUUCUUACAGUUUGGCAUUUUUUCAUUCAACUUAUCUAUUGAUGAGCAAAUGGUUCCUUAUUUUGGACGCCAUUCUUGUAAGAUGUUUAUAAAAGGCAAGCCUGUGCGUUUCGGUUUCAAACUUUGGUGCAUUUGUUCGUCGAGUGGAUACCUCUACAAGUUCAUUCCUUAUACGGGAGCAGCAAUGAAGAACAGUGAUAUUGGACUUGGUGCGACUGUAGCUGUUGAACUUUUGUCAAUUGUGAAAAAUCCGCAAAAUCAUAACGUAUUUUUUGAUAACUUUUUUUUAUCCUACAAGCUCUUAUCUCUUUUGAAAACCAAAAGCUAUUUUGCCACAGAAACGAUUCGCGAAAACAGAACCAGUCAUUGCCCUUUGGUUGAUAAUAAAGUCAUUCCAAAAAAAGAAAGAGGCACCUAUGAUUCCAAAUUUGAUGAAUCCACACAAAUUUCAUUGGUAAAAUGGAACGAUAGUUCUAUUGUCACGGCAAUUAGUACCCAUUAUCAUGUAGAACCUCUUACUUCUGCGAAAAGAUAUAACAGAAAAUCGAAAAAAGAAGUGUCAAUCCCGCAACCAGCUGUAAUUUCAAGAUAUAAAUACAUGGGAGGAGUAGAUUUGCAUGAUAAUGGCGUGGCAAAUUAUAGAAUCGGUGUGAUGGAACUAUCAACUAGUUAG